AUGGCUCAUGAUCGAGACGCCCUCUGGGCGAGUGGUUAUGACGAGACAGUAGAAGUUAAUCAACGUGCAUUGAUCGACAAGGUGUUGGCACGAUAUUCGGGCGAAUUCACAGUGUUCCGUGAACUUCUUCAGAACUCAGAUGAUGCACAGUCUUCCGCGGUUGAGAUACAUUUUGAGACAGAGGAGUAUCUGCGACGAAAGAACGGCAAGGAUGUGGUGCAACCAGAGGACGGUGUGGGUUUCCCAGACCUCAAAACUACUCCAGUUUCUCAGUGGACCUUUCGGAAUAACGGAAUUGUGUUUCGCGACGAGGAUUGGAAUCGGCUUAGGAAAAUUGCUGAGGGCAAUCCAGACGAGGAGAAGAUUGGAGCUUUCGGUGUCGGCUUUUAUAGUCUUUUCUCUGUGACUGAGGAACCAUUUGUUAUUUCAGGCGGUCACGGAAUGCAAUUCUACUGGAAGGAAAAAACUGGAGAUCAACUCCUUGUGCGGCGCGGUGAUCUGCCAUCUAAAGAUGUUCUCCAGUCUAAUCCGUGGACAACUUUUGAGAUGACGCUCCGUGAACAGGGACCUGUUCCACAGCCUUUUGAUCUAACGCGAUUCCUUGCAAGCAGCAUCACAUUCAUGGUCCACCUUCGUUCAGUCAGCGUCUUCCUUGACUCUCAUCGCCUGGCCCAUCUCACCAAGUCUCCGGGUGUUCCAAAGGAGCUUGGAUUACCCAAAGUGCUGAAAAAGUCUAGCGGUUCAGGUUUGAUGAGCGUGAAGAGCGUGCAGUCUGCUGCAACUCGUAUCCAGGCACAAGUCAUGCAUGCAGUAUACGAUCUUGGCACUGAGAAGCCUCUCGUCCUCCCAGCGGUUUUUUUCUCUUCUCUUCUCAGCACUUUUACCUCACACCACCAGCCUGUACUUGCAAAGCCUCUACCGCAACCCCAAGUUAACAAAGACCCCACCGGAGUAUACACCUCAAGUGUCACGCUCACAAUGUUCAAUGCAGACGUAGACGUGAAGCUGGAUAAGAAGCUUCAGAGCGAACUACACCGAUCUACAAAGAAAAACCCACCCAAUCACUUAAAUUACAGCCUGAUCUAUACAGGAAAAGACGAGUACAAUGUGAGUGUAGAAGAGGAGAAGAGCCAGCCCGUAUCUUGUGGAAGUGUUUUUCAGGGUCUCAGAGCUGAUUUAAAUGGUGCUGGCCAAGCACAUGUAUUUAUCGGGCAUGCAACUGGACAGACAACAGGUAUCGGCGGUCAUAUGGCAUCUAGAUUUAUCCCAACGGUUGAACGCGAGUCGAUAGAUCUAGUCGACCGUAACGUCGCAGUGUGGAACAGAGAGCUAUUGUAUGUUGGUGGCUAUCUGUGUCGAGCAGCAUACGAGAUGGAGCUCGAAAAUAUUCGGGUGCUCUGGAAUGAAGCUGCAAGUUCAUCUAAUACGAACGGGUUUCAUCCGGACCCACAACUCGGCGACUGGCUGCGCGAUCGGUUCUUGCAUGUCCUCCGAUUUUUCACUUUUCAUGCCUCAACGCCUUCUUCCGAUGUCGCACGUUUUCUCGAGGCUGCUUUCUUUGGUUGCUCCACUUUGCCCCUCACAGUCCUUUCGACAACGGGUGUGCGUGAUGCCUCUGAUGUGCGCGCUCCCGACCCCAUGUUUUCGUCGUUCCUCAAACACUUGCCUGUCCUUCCUGCCUCUGUUCUAUCUUCUGCUCCUCUUGCCAUUAGAGCUCUACAAAGCAAAGAACUGAUCACAGAUAUUACAUUCUCGGAUGUUCUGGCUCAACUUCGCCAGCAUCCGCUCAACGAAGAAGAGCUCAUCGCUUGUCUCAAGUGGUGGGUUGGUGUCGGACAGCAAGAUCCGACGCACGAUACUACGCGCGCUCGCACCGAGCUCCUUAAUGCCACUAUCCUUAGUCUAGGCUCAGGAAAUGAUAUCAGGCCGAUUCCCCUCUCGAUGGUGCAGUACUUCAUUCAUCAGCGUAUGAUUCCGCUGGAUGGGCCCUUGCCCGAUACUCUCAUGCCUCUGAGCGUCACGAAACAUUUUACGCAGGAACAACUGAAAUCUUUUGGAUGGCGGGAAUUUUCGAUUCUUGACUGGAUACAACACAUCUUUAGACCAGAUGUUAUGAAUGCUAAUCCGGCACAAGACGUAACCAGGUCUUCGGAAUGGGCUGAGCGAGUUUUGACCGUUUUAGCUCGCACAUGGCCAUCGUUGUCCAAGGAGUCGCAUGAAACGGUCAAGACUAUACUUGCCCAAAAAUCGUGCAUUCCGACAUCUUCAGGUCUACAAAAGCCACAUCUGGCGUACUUUCCUAGCGCCAAUAUAUUUAACGAUCUACCCGUCGUUACUUUUACAUCUGGCGGUACUCUCAAGGGCAACGUGGAGAAGCUGCUCUCCUUUGUUGGCGUCCGGAAGCAUGUGGACCUUCAGGUUGUUUUUGAUCGAAUGGUCAAAACUGGGGACUGGACAAUCUCAGAUCUGAUUACGCAUCUAGUCACUAUCCAAAGCACGUUAACUGCGGAUGAGAUGACGAAACUCCAGAUGACGUCUGCUUUCUCAAAGGAAGGCGAGAAAGCUCUUCCAGGAAAGAAGUCGCGAUAUAGGGCUAGUGAUCUUUACGAACCAUCUGUCACAAAUCGUCAGCUUGGUUUGCCGAUUAUCGAUUGGGGUGAGAAGACUAAAUGGCGAAGCAGCUCCGAAGAAGCAAAGCUUCUCCAUCGACUCGGCCUGCGAAAAAAUCCUCCUUUGGACUUGACUGUCAAACUCUGUGCUUCAUCUGAGCCAGACAUACGUUCCGCAGCAUUCAAAUACCUUAUAGACAGCAUCCCUUCCAGAUACCCGGAUUACAGACGUGAAAAUUUUGGCCAUAUUGCCUUCAUACCAGCAGUGAAUGACUUUGGGCCUUGUAUGGGAACUCCGAACGAGGUAUUUGCAUCACAUCAGUGGAAGGUCCUCGGGUUUUCAGUCAUUGAAGAUACCGUUCGUGAUAUUGCAGUAAGCAAACUAGGCUUGAAGGAACACCCACCGGCUACCAGGAUCGUAGCGUUGCUUGAGAAAACACCUCCUGAAGAUAAGAAUGUCGCUCGUCGAUGGUUUGAGAUUCUAGCAGGCCACGUUGCAGGGCUGCCGAUCGUUCCUACGCAGGUGGAAUCUGGCUCCCAGGCGCUGCGUUGGCUUUCCCCUAGCCAAUGUUAUCUUGGAGGGGCAUCGAAGGGGCAGUUUCACUCAAAGUUGUUCGUCUUUGUGGAUUUUGGCCCUUCUGCCAAUAGUUUUUUGAGUGCAUGUGGCUCUAAGCAAGAACCCUCUGUAGAAGAGGUAGCUAACAUUUUAGUCGCCGAUCCUCGAAGAUUCUACGACUUGGCGGGUGGUUAUGAGAAUUACCUCGUUGAAUUGCGUAACCUGGCUGUCAACGCUCGUCUGCUAUCUACAGGCGCGCUCGCCCGAAUGAAAAUUUCUCCCAUCCUGCUCGGUUUUCGACGGCAAAGAAAGUCUCGAAAGGAAAUAAACAAAGCCCUAGAUCUCGACGAGGACGACUGGGAGCUGCUUUACGAUCUUCGGAAGCCCCUGGAUGUUGUAAUCGCGGACGAUACUAAUGCUUACCAGAUGUUUGGAGAGUCCAUCUAUACUGCACCGCAAGAGGAUCUCAUUGAAAACUUCUAUGCAACUCUGGGUUCCAAACGCCUUAGCGCUGUCGUGAAGGAAGACUACAGGGUCAACUCGGAGAUGAAACAUAACAAGUCUGCAGCUGACACACGUGCGCUCUUAUUAGAGAGGCUGCCGUUGUUCCUCCACGAACACACGCAUACGCGCACUAAGGUUUCUCUCAACUGGCUCUCUAGCCAGGAGAAUUUCAAAGUCAGAGUUUUCGGCAAAUUGUCCGUUGUGAAAUCGCUUUCCUUCGGAGAUAAUACUUUGAAAAUGGAGCAGGAUGCCUCAGCGGCUGCUAAACGUUUGGGCCAUGGGCCUAUUGAGCUGUGGCUUUCAGGAAGCACGCAAGUGGACAUGUAUGAAGUAGCGACAUCGUUGUGUCGCCUGCUGUUCGAGACGGUCAAAGUGAAUGAUGCGCUCUUGUUCAUGACUAUCCUUUCGACCGACUUGAAGGCUCUGAAACGGAGAGGUUAUAACGUGGAUAAGAUUUUGAGACAACAACAGAACGACCGAAAGUUAGUGGAGGCAGCCAGAGGAAGCUUCACAUCGGUGCCAGUGCCUGACCCACGCAUGAGUCAGAACUUGGAACCUGAAACGCGUUCAUUAUCUCCCUCACAUCGCGCUAGAGUCCCAGGGAGUUGGAAUACAUCACCUCCAAAGGCAGUAGCAUCGAAACCCUUUUUGCCACCCGCUCCGGCUCCACCCCUUAUUACAGCUCCGGCAGUGCCACCACCAGAGUCGUCUACUCCCGAUGCGCCCCCUCAACAUACAGUCGACAAUGAAGACGUCGGACGACAUCCCAUGAUUCCAAAUGUUGUGAACAACACAUUGCAGAAUAUCAGGCGCAAGAUACCUGGCUUCAACAGUCCAUCGGAAGACGCUCUUACUCUCUCACGGGGGCGAUCCCCAAAUCCGAGGUCUCCUAGGACACCUCCAACUGUGACUCCGCAGAGCAACAUUCGAUCCAAUGUUGCGAUGGCGAUCAAAGGUUGCAGGCCAGAGGAAGGGAAGCUAGUACACAACAGACGCGAGAUGCAAACGAUCAAGGAAUCCCUAAAUGAGGGGUAUUGUGAUGUCUCCGGCCAUGUCGCUGAGCUUGAUUACAACGGUGUUAUGGGUACAAUGAAAAUCUUCAUCGCUCGGGAUGUUCCCGAACCCCAUACAUUCAUUGCAAGGAAACAUGAUUCCCUCGCGCGUUUUAUUCACACUGUCACGCCCCUUGCAAACGUCUAUAGUCUUCCAAUGACCGCACUUCACAUCUUUUACGACCUAGCGGGCGGCUUGAUCGCUUUUAAUCGGAAUGGCAGUCUCUUUCUUAAUUAUCGCUUCUUCGAGGCAUGGCAUGAUCAAGAUGUGAAGAAUGGCGAUAUCAAGCAGGCUUACAUUUCCUGGUACUUCACGCUAGCCCACGAGAUCGCUCACAACCUCGUGCAACCCCAUAACUCUGAGCACGAGUUUUAUUUCUCUGCGCUCUGCGAAGCUCACAUUGAGAAAUUCACCCAACUCUUAUCUCAGUAAUCUGGCAGGCCGUGAAACUGAUACAUAGUCAGACAAUAAUCACUUCGCUCACUGGAACCAAAAUCGAGUCGGUGGAUCUAUAAUCUUGAAUGAUCUAUCUACACAGACAACAACUGCUGGACAUUGGCAAUUAUUCUUUCGUCAGAAAAUAUCACAGUUCCGUUUCGUCAUUCCAAGGCACGUAUUAUAGAAUUAAAGAAUAUAAUUAUGAAAGUCCUAGGUCUUGCAAUACGGCUUGACCAGCAAUGGAAGCUGGCUUUUAUUCUCAGGGUCACUGCGCAAGAACGGCCUCUGCACGAUCGUCGACCUUUUUCCGAUAUCCGAAGCAGGAACAGCAAGCUCGAACUCAAAAGCUCGAACCAGGGUGAAGAGGAGAGCUUUCAUCCUGUAAAAGGUCGUUAUUGUUGAAAAUAAAAAGAAAGGUUGCAGAAAACAUACUCCACUAGUGAAAAGCGAUACCCAAUACA